AGAAUUUCUUAGCAACAGUGCAGGCGCAAAAUGGGUAGAUACAAUGAAGACGCUCCUUCUUGUCAGUCUUUGAAGUAAUGAAAAGAAUGAGGACAAUUCAACCGAAGUGGAUCAAUAUACCAGAUGUGGUCCUAAUCGAAGUGUUCAAGUAUUUGACGGACUCUGAGCGCGCAAAGGCGGCCCUUGUCUGCGAAAACUGGAGCAGGAUAUUCCAUUCACCAUGUCUUUGGAGAUUUCGGACAUUUGAGAUGGGAGGCUACAAGGCUCAAAUCUAUGGGAUGCGUGCGUGCAAAUUUGCUGAAAACUUCGGACGGUUUUUGAAAUACCUUGUCAUAAGCUGUAGUCAUCCAUCUUACCACACGUGCAAACUGUUUCAAAAAUCAAUUGACGAAUUGUUCGCAACACUCAGAGAAGCAGAAACGCAGCUGUACGAAUUCGAGUUAUGCAGACUGGAACUUGAACGCUACUGGAAAUAUGACACUCCUAGGGAAAAGUUGAUAAGUAUUUUCUCUAAGUUUUUGAAAACUCAAAAGCGCAUGCUAUGUUUUGACAUGUCGUCUGCACAAUUGCCUGCAUACGGUGGAUGUCGUGUGUUGGACGCUAUCGCGCACCAGUCUGGUAGCUCUAUUCAAGACAUGCUAAUGGAAGACUUUUUUCACUCACGGCUGGCCGUUCACCAAGUCCAGAAAUUCCACAAAGUAAUCGGAAAAUUUACGAACCUGAAAUAUCUGUCGCUGAAUUACAACUGUCUUUCGGAUGAAAUCUUGGAGAUCUUUACCAAGUCUCUCCAGAGGAAACUGCAUUUCCUAAACAUCAAAGUAUUCCGCUUUGAUCCUCACUUUCACCGAAUUUCCGGCCUGGCUUGGAAGCAGUUUGCUCAAUCAUGCCCGUGUCUCCGUGUCGCGUUCUGGUUUGAAAGUGUCGGCAUGCACGAGGCAAUCGCGCCGAUACUUGUGAAGGAAGCUCCAGUGAAGGAUAUCCAUAUAUGGUCAGGAUACGACGAUGACCUAGACUGGAGACUUUCGGACACCAUAGACCACAUCACAAAUACAUACGCAAACAUGAUAGAGUCUGUAUCAUUUGAGCUGGAUAACACACAAGAAAUCAUUGACCAACCUUUACUACAUCUGGUAUCCAAAUGUAAAAAGCUGAAAGAAUUGUCUGUGAAUGCAAUGGUAUCCAUAAAAACAGUAGAAGACAUCUGUGAAAUGCUGAGAGAGAAGACUAUUGAUUUACGAGAACUGCUCCUAACCUGUUGUGGUUUGACAGAUGUGGAAUGGAACAUUUUAGCAUCACUACGUGAAAGAUACCAACCAAUAUUUAAAGAAAGAAAAAUUGACUUUAAAUGUACAUCAGAUCUGAUUAUAGAAUCAUCUUUUUAAAACAAAUCUUGCAACUUUUAUGUUUAGAAAAAUGAAAUUACAACUUGAAAACUUUA